GCGUAUGGAACCUUUCUGAGAUAAUUCAUUUCAGUUCAUGAAACAUGGGACCAACACUUUACAUGUUGCGUUUAUAUUUUUGUUCAACAUAUGUAGCUCGUGAAUGGCCUCGCGCUCCAGUAGGUGGCGGUGUGUGCAUCUUAAAUUGGGUGCGAUCCGCCAACACAAUCCCAAAGAAGAAGUAUUUUUGUCAUUGAGGCGGCAUGCUAGCAAAGUAGAGCUCAUUUUCAACUUUUGUUAAAACCCUACAUGCGUAUAUGUUUUGAGGAAAGGAGAUGAUUCGCUUGGAUGGAAAUGACCGAAACACAUUGAUGAACAUGUGGUUCAGCAUAUCUCAAAUCGGUUGUCCUUGGAAGUCAAGAGAUGCAUGCUGACAAUAGUACACACAUUUCUGUGGAGCCAAGAUCAUGGAUCCCUCUCACCUCUGCUGUAAUUGGCCUACUGGUGGUUCAGGAUAUUUUAACAAGUCAAUGUCCUUGAAGUCACAUGAUGGGAGCCAUUGAGACCAGAUGCAUGAUGACAAUGAAGCUGCAAAGCAUAGAAAUAGGAUGACAUAGAUUCUAUUUCCGUGGCUCCAAGAUCUAUGGAUCCCUCUGACCUCUGCUGUAAUUGGCCUACCUGUUGGUCGGCAUCUCAUCGUGUCCGAUGUCCUUGAUGAACUCAAAUGAUGGGUCGUCUGUUGAGACCAGAUGCAUGAUGACAAUGAAGUGGUUCAGGAUAUUUUAACAAGUCAAUGUCCUUGAAGUCACGUGCGGCAUUGAGACCAGAUGCAAGAGGGCCAAAGCAUAGAAAUAGAAUGACAGAUUCUAUUUCUGUGUCGCCAACAUCCAUGGAUCCCUCUCACCUCUGUAAUUGGCCUACCUGGUCGUUGGCACCACAGUCAUUCCCACCAUGGUGCAGAAGUAUCAGUCACCCAUCAGGGUGUACAAGCAGCCUUUUGAGCUGGUGAUGGAGCCUCCAGAGCUAGAGGACAGGACUGUCAGGCAGGGCCGUCAGAGGGUUCACUGAGUAAACGGUUCAGGAGCAGAUGAGCAGUGGAAAAACACUGGCAUAUUCCGCCUCUCCACAGUACCACAGUACAGUGGCUACAGGCCGGGAGGCGCAUGUUCACUACAUUAACCUGGGUUAUGGCCUACGAGAGGCGAUUCCCCACGUGUCACCUGAUUCCCAUGUUUGUGGACAGCGAGGUGUUGGAGGAAACUGAGAGCGAGGACGGAUCCAUACACCAGGUCCAACGCCGCUGCAAACUGGACGUGGACGCCCCUCGUCUCCUCAAACGGAUUGCGGGGGUGGACUAUGUGUACUUCAGCCAGGAGAACACUCUGAACAAGAGAGAGAGGACACUCCACAUCGAGUCCCACAAUGAGACCUUCUCCAACAGAGUCAUCAUCCACGAACUCUGCAGCUACUCGGCCCACCCUGAGAAUGAGGACUGGACGUGUUUCGAGCAGUCGGCCAGCCUGGACAUCAAAUCGUUCUUUGGCUUCGAGAGCACGGUGGAGAAGAUGGCCAUGAAGCAGUACGCCAGCAGUAUCAAGAAGGGUAAGGAGAUCAUAGAGUUCUACCUAAACCAGCUGGAGGAAGAGGGGAUAAGCCACGUGCCCCGCUGGACUCCCUCCCUGGAUGCUCCCUCCUCCUCCUCCUUUACCACCAAACAUGUCUGUGCCACCCCAAAGCUCCUCCACCUGGAGCUGCCUGUCACGCCCGCCGUCUCAAUCCCCCUGUCCACUGAUGCCAAUGACCAUGAGAUUGCCACUGCCACCAAUAAUGAUGCCACCCAAAGUGAUGCCACCAGCAACGAUGCCGCUAGCCAACCUGACAACCAGACAGAGAACCAGACGGGCACACCUGAUGACAAGUUGGAUGCAGACUACAUCAAGCGCUACUUGGGAGACCUGACGCCUCUGCAGGAGAGCUGUCUGAUCAGACUACGACAGUGGCUGCAGGAGAGCCACAAGGGCAAGACCCUUGCCCUCACUCCCUCCUCUCCCUCCUCGCCACCUUUCCAGAUCCCUAAGGAUGAACACAUCCUUCGUUUCCUGCGGGCCAGGGACUUUAACAUGGAGAAGGCCAGGGAGAUCCUGUGUCAGUCCUUAACGUGGAGGAAACAGCACCAGGUGGACUAUCUGUUAGAGACGUGGACCUCACCACAGGUCCUCAAUGACUACUACACUGGAGGGUGGCACCACCAUGAUAAAGAGGGUCGUCCUCUCUAUAUCCUGCGUCUGGGACAGAUGGACACCAAGGGGCUGGUCCGAGCCCUGGGGGAGGAGUCUCUACUCAGACACGUUCUAUCCAUAAACGAGGAGGGCCUAAGGCGCUGUGAGGAGAACACCAAAGUCUUCGGCCGACCAAUCAGUUGUUGGACUUGUCUGGUGGACCUCGAAGGGUUAAACAUGCGCCACCUGUGGCGACCGGGGGUUAAGGCCCUUCUAAGAAUCAUUGAGGUGGUGGAGGCCAACUACCCAGAGACCCUGGGACGUCUGCUCAUACUGAGGGCUCCUAGAGUCUUCCCUGUGCUCUGGACCCUGGUGAGCCCGUUCAUCGACGAGAACACCCGUAAGAAGUUCCUGAUCUACGCUGGAAAUGACUACCAGGGCCCCGGCGGCCUGCUGGACUACAUAGACAAGGAGGUCAUCCCUGACUUCCUGGGAGGAGAGUGUAUGUGUGAAGUCCCAGAGGGAGGCCUGGUGCCCAAGUCUCUGUACCGUACUGCAGAGGAGCUGGAGAACGAAGACAUCAGCCUGUGGACAGAGACUAUCUACCAGAGUGCCAGCGUCUUCAAGGGAGCGCCCCACGAGGUGGUGAUCGAGAUCAUCGACGCCUCCUCCGUGAUCACCUGGGACUUUGACGUGUGUAAGGGCGACGUGGUCUUCCACCUCUACCACUCCAAGCGCGCCCCCCAAACCCCCCGCAAGGACCCCCUAGUGGGGCAACACAGCAGCAUCACCACCCCCGGGGGGAACAACGUCCAGCUCAUAGACAAGUCCUGGACCAUAGGCCUGGACUACAGCAUGGUGGAGUCACCACUCACCUGCAAGGAGGGGGAGAGCGUGCAGGGUUCCCACGUGACCAGGUGGCCCGGGUUCUACAUCCUGCAGUGGAAGUUCCACACCAUGCCGGGCAGCGCCUCCACCAACCUGCCCCGCGUGGACGACGUCCUCGCCUCCCUGCAGGUCUCCUCACACAAGUGCAAAGUCAUGUAUUACACAGAGGUCAUUGGCUCCGAGGACUUCAGAAUGGCUUGCUUUGAUGUUCAAAGUUUGGGCUCUAUGACCAGUUUGGAGUCGAGUCACAGUGGUUUCUCCCAGCUCAGCCACGCUACCUCCUCCUCUAACCACUCCCAGUCCAGCUCCAUGAUCUCCAGGUAGAGGACUACAUCUCCUGCCAAGGACUUACAAUUCUCCCUCUGCCGAACUACAAGUCCCAGCUCCUCCAGCCUUCACAGUCUACACUUUCCGCCCUAACCACCUCAAACCUGUACUACUAUUAGUCAGUCACAAUGUGGAUCUGAAGCAUGCUUGCACAACAGAGGAGAAAGAACAUGUCGGCGGUUGAAAAACUGAAAACAAAGACUUGUGAUUUAAAGGGCUCCUAUUUUCUUGCAGCAGUCCAUGUAUAUUUCUUCCCAGCUUUCUCCUGGGCUGCUGAACAGAACGUUGGCAGAACGUUUUCUGCUUGCUGAGACGUUGGUAGGUGUGGGAAGUGUCGCACCCAUGGAGCGCAAUGCCAGUUCAAGCAAUUGUCACACUCCUUUAAGGAGCUGUGGGACUGGAUAAAAACGGGAUGUGUCGAUACAUAUGUGCAUUAGAAGACUUCACACACUUCCAAGGUAUUGGUGAUACUGGAUGCGCUGUUACAUAAGAACAUGGACACUUUUUAGAGCGGUUGAAGAAACGGGAUGCGCUGUUACCUGCAGACAAAACAUGCUCAAACAUAGGAAGACACACACUCACAUACUGUAUAGACACAAACCAUAAACACACCUGCAAUGACAUGCAGAGAAACACAGUAUUUGCCAUAUCAUCAGUGGGGUUGGUCUCGACCUGGUGAAUUGUUUAUGUAAGGAUUGAGGGUAAAGCCGUAGCGAGGUGUCGUUUAGAAGCAAUAAGCAGAGUUUGAAUAUCAACUAUUGAAAUAAUUACAUUUCUAUUUACCAUGAAAAUUGUAUGUAUGGAGGUUUUUCCUCAUGGGUGCUAUGUGUGCAAUGUAUAGGUGACCUUCCAGUUCCCGGGUGACUAGAUGGACAGACAGACAUUUAAUUUAGCUGAACUUUCAUUUGGAGAAAUAGCCAAAAGAAAUUGCCAGAGGUUAUUUUUGAAAUUUGAAUUGACACAUUUUGAAUGUGUUUGCAAAUUCAUCUACACAUCUACCAGUCUAUUUUGGGCUCAAGACACUUAACCAAUGAUUACGUUUAAAUUCUUGAAUUUCAAUUACUGUGACUUGAAUUUGAAUAGAUUCCACCCCAAAAUGAGUGUUUCCCAUCUGUCCCUGUCUGCAGAAUGAACCUGACCCGUAGCUAGGUGUGGUUGUGGUCAUUGGUUUGAAUGUGCUACUGAUGGUCAGGUGAGCUUUUGCUAGCCAAUGGAAUGCCCCGAACUGUCAGGGUCACAGGACUAGGUCAAACUGCUAUUCUUUAUAGAGGGGUAGAUAUAGAGAGGGAGGAAGUGAAUGUUUUUUGUGGUGAAGCUUAUCAUUUGCUACUGCGCCAUUCAUGGAAAUGUAUUGAUGCAUACAUGUACCUGGGCUAGUGCUGGUUGGAUUGUUAGUUUUCAUUGAAAGUGAAGUGGGUUGCUGCAUGUUCAUAUUGGGAUAUGGUUGAUUUUAGUUUAGGAGUUACCAUAGUAACUACUCAUGAGCCAUUUGUUAGCACCAUUUUAGCCUUUGUAACUAACCAUGUGUAUAAGAAAUAUAUCUGCUUGGUUAGGGGACACCCCCUUUGCCUCGACUGAGUGAAGUGGAGGAUGUUUCCAUUGUAAUGCAACGUACCCAUGCAAAUAAUAUGCAAAUAAUGUUCUGGACAGCAACCGUGUGCUUCUAAAGCACCAAAGACGACGAGAAAAAAAACUGUUCCGUCUUAUAGUUUCCAUGUUUGUUUGUUUUUGUCAAACUAUUUUUGAGUGUUUUUAGGGGAUAUUUUGUGAGCUUCAAGCUCACAAAAGAGAUAUAUGAACUUCUCUACCGAUUACUGUUGGCUGUUCAAAGGUUUGAUAAGCUUUUGCCUUGCAUUACAAGUUGAGGCUCUCAAGACAAGUCAUCAUGCUGCUGCUUGACGUUGAGGGCCAACGACGUGUUUGUUGAUGGGGCGUUGGAUCUCACUUCAAGGAUUAUCGGCCAAUCAGGCGAGCAGCACGUCUGUUUUAAACAGCUUUUUGAGAUGCUACUUUUUUAACGAUGAUAACGAAAACCCAAGGUCAAAGUGAACAGUCUAAUGUACAGUGUGAGUCUAACUGAAUAGCAUGAAAUGCUUUGCUCACUGGGGAAAGGACCCGCUCAGAACGAGAGCUGUCCAGAACGAACUCAUUAACUUAUUGAAUGAAUGGAAUAAUGAGUAACUAAAUGUCUGUAAGGGUGUCACCCAUGUCAGGACUGAGGAUGUAUAGUUGUACUUAUUGUCUUCUGUACUCAUUUUAACCUUGAAGCAUGUCUAGAGCGAGACUAGCGUAGUUUCCUACUUUCCAGCUCUCUAUCAAAGGAAACUCAUAAUGUCCACAAUGUGUAGCAUAAUAUCAACACAAUGUGUAACGUGCUCAACGGUUCACCAAGCUUUAGAGAAAGGUUCCAGUCCUCUUUGAACACGACAUGCGUGUGAGAGGAGACGAUGUUAGUUUUUCCUUUAGCUGAGUUGGAACAGUGCUUUAGAAGUGGCUGUUGUGUUAAACCAGAGACCGAUGUCUUCAGUUACCUUUCAGUUUCAACUGACCUCAACAUAAUGUCACUGCUACUACUGAAAUGUAUCUGCUAUGUAACCUGCUUUGCUCUACUUGUCAACCUUCACUUUUACUUAACUCAUUUACAUAUGAGGGCUAUUUCUGUCUUGUUUGUCACCAACCAUAUCCUGAUUUCUCCAUGUCUCUCAUAUUUCUGUCUUGUUUGUCACCAACCAUAUCCUGAUUUCUCCAUUUCUCUCAUCUGGCCUCUCUUCCUGUAAGACAACGAUAAUGUUGCAUAUCUUUAUUUCCCUUGAAAUUCAUAAUUAUGUUUAAAGAUAGAACUUCAAAUUAAUAUAAAAUAGCGUCUUUCCAAUUUUUCAAACCAUUAAACUUGAAUUAUGAGAAUUAAAAGCUG